AAACUUGGCAAUAAUUUCCUGCGUAAGAGUCAUUUUUUGUCGAAAGGUUCUUAAGGCCGGUCUCUGCACAAAGUUCGAGUUUUCCCUAGAGACCCUCCGCAGUGAAGUGAAGUGCUGGCGAGGCUCGAGGGCCGCAGUGCAACGAGAAGUGGCCGCGUGGUCGUCAAGCGUCACGUGACUCGAGUCGAGGCUGCCAGACAGACCCUCCUUCCUUUAUUUAGCACACCUUUGCAUGGACACAGCAUCAGCAUGAGCGCCCCAGCACCGCAACCCGUAGUUAAGCGCGGUAUCGUUAAACAGGUCCUUUCAGGGGACUCUGUGGUGAUCCGCGGUCCUCCUAGGAAGGUUGGGCCCCCAGUUGAGAAGACCCUUCUCUUCUCCAACAUUCUGGCACCCAAGUUGGGCCGUCGAGCCACCGCAAGUGCUGCAGAUACCAAGGAUGAACCUUAUGCAUGGGAGGCUCGUGAGUUUCUCCGGAAGAAGGUGAUUGGUGAGCCUGUGCUGUUUGUUUCAGAAGUAAGCUCUAACAACCGAGAGUAUGGUGUAAUUUACCUUGGCAAAGAUAUCCAAACUGGAGAAAACAUUACUGAAGCCUUGGUAUCUGAGGGUCUUGCAACUGUGCGACGGGAUGGACGAGCUCCAGAGGUCGCCCGUCUCAUUGAAUUGGAGGAUGCGGCCAAGGCUGCUAGUAAAGGAAAAUGGGGUGGAAAUCCAUCAGAGCACAUUCGUGACAUUAAGUGGACUAUUGAAAAUCCCAUGGCAUUUGUUGAUAAAAUGGGACAAAAACCUAUCAAGGCUGUCAUUGAACAUGUUCGAGACGGCUCCACUGUCCAUGCAUUCCUUCUUCCUGAUUUCUACAGGGUGACAUUGAUGAUCUCUGGUAUUCGGGCUCCCAAUAUUCCAAGGCCUGAUGAAAACAAGCAGCCAGAUAAUGCUGCUGGAACUCUGGCAGAGGAAGCCAAGUACUUUGUUGAAUGCCUUCUUCUUAACAGAGAUGUGGAAGUAGUUUUGGAGUCAACCAACAAUAAUAAUCUUGUUGGAUCUAUCCUUCAUGAGAAAGGAAAUAUUGCUGCUGCCUUACUGCGUGAAGGCUUUGCUAGGUGUGUGGACUGGUCCAUUGCUCACAUGAAGACUGGUGCAGACAAAUUGCGUGCUGCUGAGCGCGAGGCCAAGGAAAAGAGGCUACGAAUUUGGAAGGACUGGACUCCCACAAAUACUAACCCUGGAAAGGAAUAUGCUGCCACUGUUGUUGAAAUCAUGGGUGGUGAUGGAUUGAUGGUCAAGAUUGCUGGGCAAUCUGCACCCAAGAAAAUCUUCCUGUCCAGCAUUAGGCCCCCAAGGGAGCAAAGGCCUGCUGAGGAUAAAAGUGAAGAAAAGGAAAAAGCACCUCUCGCCCCUGGUCAGCGUAAACCAAGGCCUCUUUAUGAAGUGCCAUAUCUGUUUGAAGCAAGAGAAUUUCUACGGAAGAAGCUCAUUGGCAAGAGAGUAAACAUUGUUGAAGAUUACAUCCAACCACCUCAUCAAACCUUUGGUGAAAAGGUUUGCUGCACGGUCACCAUUGGAGGAGUGAAUGUGGCGGAGGCUCUGGUCAGCAAGGGUCUUGCCACAGUCCUCCGGUAUCGGCAGGAUGAUGAUCAGCGCUCAUCACACUAUGACAAUCUUUUGGCUGCUGAGACCAAAGCUUCUAAGUCAGGUCAUGGUCUGCACUCGAAAAAGGAAGCUCCAGCUCAUCGUGUGGUUGAUGUUUCUGGGGAUUUGGUUAAAGCGAAGCAGUUCCUCCCAUUCCUUCAAAGAUCUGGGCGUAUCGAAGCUGUUGCUGAGUUUGUUACAAGCCGAUCAAGGCUGCGACUGUAUAUCCCUAAAGAUUCAAGAUUGAUCACAUUGCUUCUUGCUGGUAUUACUUUCAACAAAACAAGACAAGGACAAUCUCAGUAUAAUGAAGGAGAGCCUUUUACUGACGAGGAAGCAACCAACUUCACUCGUGAACGUUGCAUGCAGCGUGAAGUUCAAAUUACGGUGGAGGCAAUGGAUCGUGUUGGAAAUUACAUCGGCUGGCUCUGGGUAGACAAUGUUAACUUGUCUGUUGCAUUGGCUGAAGAAGGCUAUGCUAAAGUUCAUGGAUCUGCUGAAAAGUCUGAUCACUACAGAGCUCUGAAGAAUGCCGAAGAUUCUGCUAAAGCAAGGCGCAUCGGAGUUUGGAAGAAUUACAAGGAGGAAGAUGAGCAAGAAGUAGAAAAGAAGAGGGAUGAUGAGAGGAAUGUGGAACGUUCUGUGAAUCAAACUAGAGUGGUUGUUACAGAAACCACUCCAGAGCUUCACUUCUAUGCUCAGGCUGUCGAUCAAGGACCUAAACUUGAGGGCUUGAUGGCCAAGAUUCGUCAAGAGUUUACCGCAAAUCCUCCCCUACCAGGAGCCUACCAACCGAAGAAAGGUGAUACAUGUGCUGCCAAGUUUGUUGAUGAUGAAUGGUACAGGGCUAAGGUAGAAAAGGUGGACAAAGGUGGAAACGUCAGUGUCCUUUACAUGGACUAUGGCAAUCGUGAAACUCUGUCAGCCACUCGCUGUGCUCAGCUUCCUUCAGCUUUCCUUUCUGAAAAGCCCUAUGCGACAGAGUAUCAGCUGUUUGGUGUUUCGCUGCCACCAGAUGCGGAUUACUCUGAAGAAGCUAUCAGUACAUUCAGGUCAGACGUUCUUGAUCGUACACUUCUUCUCAAUGUGGAAGUUAAUGGAUCUCUUCCCCUUGCAACUCUUGAGGACCCUACAACCAAAGUGGAUAUUGGAAAAGCUUUGAUUGAAGACGGUCUUCUGCUGGCUGAGAAGAGGAGAGAACGUCGUCUGACCAAGCUGUUGAAUGAUUACAAAAAUGCUCAAAGUGAAGCUGCCAAAAACCACCUUAAAAUCUGGGAGUAUGGUGACAUCACUGAAGAUGAUGCAAAGGAAUUUGGAUUAGGACCGUAAUCUGGUCACUAAUGUGUUGACGGUGUUAGUUAAGUGGUGCCUCAUGGAAUGCUAGGAUUGUUAAUGACUUGUGGCAGUUAAAUUUGGUGUGAAGGAAGUUGUGGAAAAAAUUAAACCAGCCAAUCCGUCUAAAAAAUUAACCUCUUAUGCCUGUGCCACACGCACCAUUCUCAAAUGUUCUUGCUGGUUAUUUUAAAAAUAAGUAGGACAUUCUUGUUUUUCCACAUCUUGAUACACUUUCGCCCUUCAUAUUAUGACUACCUAUGCUUCCAUAGCUGAGAUAAGCAGAUUCAUUCCUACUGUGUGGCCUCUCUUCAAUUUGGAGUUGUGCAAAGUAAUUGAUUGUGAAAUUUAUUACUGGAAUUAUUGUUUUCUCAUACCACUUCCAGCAAAUUUCUGGCACCUGGUGUUUCUUUGUGCGGGUUUUGGGGAUAAACAGAGUUUAUUCCUUGUCUAAAUUAAAUGAACUAUCAUUUCCAUAUUACAAGAAAUGAAAUAAAAUAGCAAAGGUGUUGAAUUUUCUCAGCUUGUAUUGUUGACAUGAAAGAUCAGACUACAGAUUGAUUUUCCAUGACAGGAUUUAUAUUGUUGUCUUUCUAGGCUAGAACGGUUCAGUUCUAGUGUGUUUUGUUUGUGUUCAAUAUUAUUAAAAUAUUGUUAUGUUUUCCUUAGAAGUUGCAGUCUGAUACGUCUGAUAUGUCCAAGAGUUAAAAAUUAAGGAUGUACAGUUUGAAUGGUAAGAAGUUAACUAUGAAUUAGGUAAACAAUUACCGUAAUCAUAUCUCCAAUAUGUUUGUUCCCUGUUUGUUAUUUCUUUGCUUGUUUUAUUACUUACCUGGAAUCUAGUGCAAUGGAGUAUAUCGAAGAAGAAACAGCAGCAGGUUGUGCUUGUUUACCACCACUGCUGGAAAGUGGAUUUUCAUCUGGCAUCAUAUUUGUCAUUUAAAUUGUGGUUAUUGUGAUUUUAACAAAACAUAUUUACCUUAAUAUGUAUGUGUAUGUAUAUAUAUAUGAGUAUAUAUAAAUAUACAUAAAUGUUUCUAGAAAUGCUUUACUGUGUACAUGCGCCCUAACUGCCCUGGAGCUGAUCUCAUGUAUUGAGGGCAAACCCUGUCUUACCCGUCUACUGGUUGUCACAAAUGUUGUAUUGUUAAGUGACCACACCAACUUCUUUUAUUUAAAUCCAUUACAUAACAAUUUUAUUACAUGCCUUUUGUUUUAGGACUUACUGGAGCACUUCCUCUGAAUCAAUUGCAAUACAGUAAUUUUUAACCACCCUGUACUGAAUGAACCUGUAUGACCUUUAUAGUGAUGUAAUCAUUGUGAAAAUUUAUAUUUAAAUUAUAUCAAAUGCUGUAUAUUUUAUGAAUGGUUGUCAGGGACUUACUUAUGUAUCACAAUUGAGACUGAUUAAUGUGCGACUUUUCUGCGUUGUCUUGAAUAUGAUGCUUAUUAAAGCACAUUUAUGAAUUUUACAUGAAUUGUGAGGCAUGAUGAAUGAACUGUGCAUGGGAAACUAAAAUGACUUCGUGUCUUAUUUCUCUUUUUUACGUAUUUCUUUGGUGGAAGUGGGGGCUGUGUUAUGACAGUAUACCAAUAAAAUUGUUGAAAUUUGCA